AUGGCUACCUUAAACCACACCGCUGUUAGCCACACAGUCUUCCACCUGCUGGGCAUCCCUGGACUUGAGGACCAGCACAUGUGGAUUUCCAUCCCCUUCUUCAUUUCCUAUGUCAUCGCCCUGCUUGGGAACAGCCUGCUCAUCUUCAUCAUCCUCACAAAGCGCAGCCUCCAUGAACCCAUGUACCUCUUCCUUUGCAUGCUGGCUGGAGCAGACAUUGUCCUCUCCACGUGCACGGUACCUCAGGCCUUGGCCAUCUUCUGGUUCCAUGCUGGGGAGAUCUCCCUGAAUUGCUGCAUCAUUCAACUCUUCUUCAUCCAUUCCACCUUCAUCUCUGAGUCAGGCAUCUUGCUGGUGAUGGCAUUUGACCGCUACAUUGCCAUAUGCUACCCACUAAGAUACACCACUAUACUUACACAUGCACUGAUUCGGAAAAUUGGAGUGUCAAUAUUUCUCAGAAGUUAUGGUACAAUUUUCCCCAUAAUAUUUCUUCUGAAAAGACUGACCUUUUGCAGAAGUAACAUUCUUCCACACACUGGUUGUGAGCACAUUGGCUUGGCAAAAUUUUCCUGUGACGACGUACGAGUAAACAUCUGGUAUGGGUUUUUUGUCCUAAUGUCAACAUUGGUCUUAGAUCUUAUGCUAAUUUUUGUCUCAUAUAUGCUUAUUCUCUGUGCUGUCUUCCGCAUGCCUUCUCGAGAUGCUCGCCACAAAGCUCUCAACACAUGUGGCUCCCAUGUCUGCGUCAUCAUCCUCUUUUAUGGGCCUGAGAUCUUCACAACCCUUACUCAGCAGUUUGGACGCCACAUUCCACCUCAUGUCCACAUCUUGUUGGCUAACGUCUGCAUUGUGGCUCCACCUAUGCUGAAUCCCAUCAUUUAUGGAAUCAAGACCAAACAGAUCCGGGACCAGGUGACUCAUAUCCUGUUUCCAAAAGAGAUAUGA